AUGUGGGAUUCAAAUCAUUACCCAACCAUUUCUAAACCUGGUAGUAAACACGUAACAGGUGCAUCUCAGCAGCAUCAGCAGUCGGUGGAAAUGUUUCCCGCUAAUUAUAUCCAUAUGAUCCGUAUGAUGGCGUACCAGCAGCAACUGUCGUACCAGCAGCAGCAACCGUUCCAGCAGAAGCUGUCGUACCAGCAGCAGCAACCGUUCCAGCAGGAGCUGUCGUAUCAGCAGCAGCAACCGUUCCAGCAGGAGCUGUCGUACCAGCAGCAGCAACCGUUCCAGCAGGAGCAACCGUACCAGCAGCUGCUGGUACAACAGCAACCGUACCAGCAGUGGCAGCAGCAGCAGCAGCAAGGGCAGCAGCGGCAGCAGCAGCAUAUGUUUAACGGCAGUACGUUUGAUAAUUAA